ACUCUUCUUGAACGAUGUCUUAGUCAGCCAUUUUUAUUUCUAGUGUGAAUUGAAGGUGGUGCCAAAGUUAUUAAGUUUUUAUGUUGAAUUGUAGUUAUUAGUUUAUUAAAAUUAUAUAACACACAUAUUCUAUAAUAGUACUUGUUAUGAAAUAUUACCAAGUUUGACACGCACAAUAGGAAAUAUUUAGUUCCUAAUUUGUAACAGAACUAGUGUUGUCUAAGCUGCAAUGGGUCGCAAGAAAAAGAAGCAAAGUAAACCCUGGUGUUGGUAUUGCAACCGUGAGUUUGAGGACGAGAAGAUUCUCAUUCAGCACCAGAAAGCUAAACAUUUCAAAUGUCACAUAUGCCACAAAAAAUUGUACACGGGUCCAGGACUCUCAAUACAUUGUAUGCAGGUUCAUAAAGAAGCAAUUGACAAGGUACCCAACUCUCUGUCCUCCAGAUCUAAUAUAGAGAUAGAGAUUUAUGGCAUGGAAGGCAUCCCUCCAGAGGAUCUCAAGGAACAUGAGAGGCACAAGCAGGGAAAGCAAGGGCGGGCUGCCUCUCCUGACAGCGGAGAUGAGGAUCCUCCUGCCAAGAAAAACAAGCCAGAGGGGCUGCUGGGAACUGCCCCGCCGGGGAUGGCACCAGGAAUGAUGCCUCCAGGAAUGAUGCCCCCACCACACCCCAUGGGUCCAGGCAUGAUGCCUCCUAUGGGCCCAAUGAUGGGCCCCAUGGGGCCGAUGGGGCCUCCUUUCAUGGGACCUGGAAUGGGUAUGAUGGGGCCUGGCGGACCGAUGGGGGCCCCGCUACCUGGAGCCCCGCCCAUGGGCCCCCCGCCAUCACAGCAGAACAAACCUCUGUUCCCUAGUGCGGCGGCUCUGGCUGCGUCAACGUCCAGUUCUACUCCUGUCGGUGCUGACUUCAAGCCCAUCACCAGCCAAGCAACCAUCGGCCCAGUCAAGCCCACCUUCCCUGCGUAUAGCAACUCUAGCAGUUCUACCUCCAACUCCACUACCAACUCCACCACACCGUCGGGUACGGAGCCGUCCAAAGUGAGCCUCAUCAACACAGUAGGUGCUUCCAGCAAGAUUGUCCAUCCUCAGGAAGAUAUAUCUCUGGAAGAGUUCAGAUCCAGACAACCCAAGUACAAGGCCCCCGAACCGGUGGUAACCAGUCCCAAGGUGGAGGUGGUACAGUCUCAAGCCACACCCCCUGCCACAUCCACCCCCUCGUCUGUGGCACAAGCGGCAGUAGAGGUUAGUUUCUUGCACGACUUGCACCCUCAUAUGGAUCGCAGACCGAUGCUAGCCAGGUUCCCGAUGGCGAUGCCGGUGUCUGUGGCCAGCAUGAUGCAAGGGCCCCCCACCAUGCUACCAGGUCCCAUGCUGCGACCAGGCCCCAUGCCCUUAGCCGGGCCCCACCUCAAUAUGGGUAUGAUGAGGCCCCCCCACAUGGGGAUACACCCAGGUCUGAUCGGAGCGCUGCCGCCGGGGGGCAUGAUGCCGUACGGGGGCCCCCCGAUGGCAUUCCCGGGGCCCCCGAUGCUCCCCAUGAUGCACCACCGCUUCAGAUGAUCCCAAGGUAUUCCGGGGGGCCUAUGGCUGUUAUGGCCUGACCCAUAGCAUGGGUGUCUUACCGUUUGAGUGUUAGUGCACCUCUAUCUAUCGGCAGCCUACAAGUCCCAUAGUCACCCCGGGGCUAAACAGAAAACAUCUGAACUCGGCUCUACUCAGCUUCUCAAUUUUAAAUUUAAAGUCACUUUUAUUGUGCAAACCGUACCUUAAUGGAUUUUAUCUGAAAUGUAAAACCACAAUAGCGGGGAUCUCCUACAAUCGUGAGUCACACUCCAUACUUCCUUGUUCGUAAAACAACCAUGGAUUUGUAUUUCAAUAGUUGUUACUUAUUUAGUUAAAUGAAUCCCGUGGUGAAGCCAUGAAAUAUUGUUCACAGUUUUCAAUGUAAAUUUUCAGCAGUUGAAUAUCUUUUUUUAAAUUUAUAUUUAUUAAUUUAAAAAUGGAACUCAUAAAUUUAAUUAAGGUCUUACUGAUAGAAUUUGAUACAGCGAAGUAGUGAGCAGAAAACAAAGAGCAUGUUAGCUAAGGUUUAUUUACUAAAACAAUAAGGCAUAGUGGAAGUAAAUAUUAUAAGGGGUAAGGUUGAUGGGUUUCACUGAAACCGGUGGAACCAAGUGGCAUGGAGACAACAGAUGGUUUCUGCGAGCCUACUGGUUGGGAAUGGUGUUCUGUUAGUCUGUGCUUAGACCAUUCCUCUUGUCCACAUACAUUCAUCCUGUCCGAGAGGUAAGCUGCUCGCUCGAUGGAUGCUCCUUCAAAAACACGAACAUUUGAGACAAUCGCAGUCGCGUGUGUCGUUUGGAAAAUGUGUGACUUUUACCUCAUGGUGAUUAUAUUUGUUAAUUUUCAAAUGUUCGGGCAAAAACUAAUUGAAACGAAAUUGAAAAUUAUUAUUAUAACAUUUGUUUUGUUUUGUCAUUUGCUGAAUUGUUUUCUUUUAGAUUUUUAGUGGUGAAGUUCACGUACUUUAGCAGUUAUUCUCCCCAAGAGAGUAUUGGUUGGAUAUCAGUUUUCUUUCAAAAGCUCAAUACGUUUUUGCACAAAUUCUUUUCAUUGUUUUAAUAAAAUUAAUAGAAGUUGAUUGUUGUAGAUUUUUCUGAAAACUAUUAUUGUUAGUUUAAUAAAUACUGUAUGAACGUAAUACAAAAAGGUUACUCUAUUAUUAUUGUGGAUAAAAUAUGAUCUCUUUAAGUUGAUUUCACAUUCACUGAUAGUAACAAUAUAGUAAUAUGUUGCAUGAAUUCUCAAGAAUAUUUUCAUAUUGUUGUUUGUUUCUUUUAUUGCGUCUUGUUAAAUUUUUAUUCAAACUGUUUAAUAACAAAGAAAUCCACAUUGAUUUCAGAGUUUAUUUAAACCCACAGUAGUCCCAAGUUGUGUUAUCUCGCGAGAACGAGAGGCUGGCCCACUGUGUGGAAAGCCAUUUACCGCAUUUCCGUUGUGUUUUAUUUAAUGUUUGAAAUAUAGUCGUAUAUUAACCUGAGACAAGUCUAACCUUUAUUAUUAUCGAUUAAAGUAGUUCUUUGGAUUGUAUUUUGGUAGUGGACGUUGGUUCUAGUAGGUGAUUUAGACGAUUUGGAGUAGCAUCUUGGAGCGUAUCCACUUUGGUGAAAUCUUGUCACAUUGGUGAUAUUUGUGUUGAAAGCCGGUAAGUGGAAUUGUUAUUUUGUAAACUGGCUUGCACAAGAAGUCUUCACACGUGUUGUGGCUCUCGGUAACUGUGCUUUCACAUCCGAUUUCGGGAUCAGGCAUCUACAAGGAAGUCUUACUAGUGUUAUUUUUGUUUUUGAGGAUUAAAAUUUGUAAUGGCUAUUUUUGGCGGUGUUUUAAAGACUUGAGUUGCAAAACAUGAUUAGAAUUAUUAUUAACACGCUUUUUUCGUGGCCUUGGAUUAUUGAUUUGGUGAUAUUUUCUAUAAUACUAAUGAACGUGUAUGUAUUAUAUAAAUAAGGUUUUUUGUGGUGAGGAAAGCAUUUAGCUUUAACAUAGGGAUAGGAUUUUAUUUCUCUGUUAUAUAAAUUUCAGAAGAAUUGUUUAAACUCAUCCCAAAAACAAGUCUAUCUGGUAUUCAGGAACUAAGAACAUUUUUAUAAGCAUGCGAUAUAACAAUGUUUGUACAAUCUCUUAUAAUAUGUGCUGAGUACCUGUACAUAAUCUAUUUAUGUACACCAUUGAACACAAAUUUUCUGUACACGUCAACAAAUGUUUGUGUAUUACACUUUCAAAAUAAGCAUGAAGUCAAAAAAUAAAUACUUAAAUCAAUUAAUUUUUUUAUUGCUGCCUCACAAAAGCCUUUGCAGAUAGUAGAAAUUUGUUUGGAUCAAGUAGGUCCUCACUUUAAUUUUAAUUUUAACAGUAUUGUCAAAGAAUUAAAAAGUUUGGGUUUAUAAUAAUCAGCAUCAUCUUAAAAAAAGCACCAUCCUAAAUUUCCCAGCCAUUACAAUUUUAUGUAGAAUUUAAUUAUAUGCAAUAAUUUUAAUUAUGUUUCUGGUCUGUAUUGAAGUUUUUUAAAUUUUAAUUAACUUCUGACCAUUUUUACGUGUUAACUUUCCAAACUGUUGUAGUAAAUUGUGAUUGGAUGACACAUUGGUGAGAUAUAUCUCACGGUUACCGAGCGCCACAGCAUCAUCUGCAGGUUUGGAUACACAAAUCAGUCACAAUUAAUUAACAAGCUACUGACUGUAAAACCGUAAUAUCUACAAUAUGAAUGUUACAAUUUUAAGGCAAUGAAGUUAAAUUUGAGAAUAUGUUUUCUUAAUCUAGCCCUGGCUUUAACUGUUGUCCAUGCAUUGUGAAUUUGUCUACACCUUUUCAUAUUUUAUUGUAAUAAAUAGAUUGUUGUUCCCUA